AUGACGGAUACCAGCAAUGUAGAGCGGCGCCUUACGGCUGACGCUCUCAGCUCUUUUCGAGCUAUUGACAAGAAAGGGAUUCGAGGCUUCCUAGAGGGGGGCGUCUUCAGGUUGUCGACUCCACUCGCAUGUGCUGAACAUUGUGUUGCAGACCCUUUGUGUCUUUCGUUCGACUUCGAGACCGUCUCGUUGGACUGCUACAUUUCUCACACGGAUCGCUACGCGCACCCAGAGGCAUAUCUCGACUUCCCGACAGGCGUGUACUACGAAUGGCAGGGGGUCGUGGACGCUCCUGAAAUUGAGCCGAGUGGUGGUCUAGUCAACACUCAAAUCGUCGUCCGAUUGCUCACAGCGAAGCUAGGGGCUGCGCUUCAUUACCAAGUCAUUCCUUCUACUGAGCUAGCGAGUAGAAAUCUCACCGCCUCGGAUCUUUUCGGAGCCGGCCAAAACUUCAGUAUCGCUGCGAGUGGAGAUGUCAUUACCCUUCCGACAUAUUCGUGCAAGCUUUUCGCUAUUGCGGUCAAAGAAGGAAUGGACGAUAGCACGCUCAUUGUCUCGAACGAGUACCAGAUCUUCCCGUCAAAAUACGUCUACCUAGUGCCAUACUUCAAUGGCGAGUAUCACGGGCGCGUGGCACGAAUAGAGCUGGACUCGAAGGGGAAGAAGCGUCCGCGUCCUGCUCGAUUCCUUGAGUUUAGCGAUUACGAGACUCCGAACGGCGUCGGCCCCUACGACAACCAGGUCGACGUGAUCGAUAUGGCGGCUUUGGAUCUAGUUUUCAAGGGAUUCUACAGUGGAUUUACGGCCUUAUCAAAGGCAACAUUCGUGAACGAGACUUACGUCGUGCCAGCUGCAGACGACCCGAAUUACAACACAACCGAAUGGCGACUGGCAUUGAAGGCACAAUACACGCCUUCCACCUCCCACUCUGGCUUUGGGAUCCCCGCAGAAAUAGAACAACAUGUCGAGUACCUGUACUUGGUACCGUUCUACAACGGAACCAUCUACGCGUCCAAAGUGCUUCGCGUCAUGGCUCUUACGUUUGCUUCAGCAACCCCUAUCGUGGAAACUCUUGACGUUGGUAGUCUGGAUAAAAGCCUAAAGGGAUUCGGGUCGUCUUUCACGGUUGGUUCCUACGGAUAUUUGGUACCACGAGAAAACGAAUUUGGAUUGUUUGGGAAGCUCGUACGCUUUCGGGUUGAUAACUUUGCGGCAUCAAGUGUCGAGGUAUUGGAUUUAGCGGCAAUCGAUCCACGCUACGUGGGCUUCAGCAGCGCAUUUACAUGCGAUGAGCUGACGAUGAACUUGCGCGAAUUUCCUGUGUCGAAUUCUGGCCUGGUUGUUCGAAUCGACUUGAGCACAUUUCGGGUUACGGGUAGUCUUGAUCUUGCCGCAGUGCAUCCAUAUCUUUGCGGCUUCAGCGGAGCUGUUACAGUGACCCAUUUUGCCUACUUUGUUCCAUACAUGCGCGUCAAGGCCCCUGACUCGCAAGAGCUAAACCCGUACUCAGGCCUAGUCGGUCGUGUCGAUCUGCGAGAUUUCUCGUCCGUGCAGUAUCUCAACCUAACUGCCGUGGACAGCGGUCUGCGUGGGUUCAAGAAAGGGUUUGCCUAUCGCCAAUACGUAUUUCUGGUACCUCACCGCUCAUCGUUCUACGACACAUCGAAGCCAACGCAAUCGGGCAAAGUUGCUCGGAUUGAUACCAACGAUUUCUCUUCAAGCGGCGUGUCAUUCCUAGAUUUGACGACGGCACUGCGCAGUCAAGUGCCUGACUUUGCGGAUAGUGACUUGCGAGGAUUCAACGGAGGCGUGGUGUCAGGGAAAUACGGCUUCUUUGUGCCAUAUUUCAACGGAGCAACGUUUUCAGGGAAGGUUUGCCGGAUCAAUCUCGACAAGUUCGACGAGGUACAAACACUCGACUUGACACAACUUGAUAACAGAUUGCGUGGAUUUGCGGACGGAAUUCUCUCUCGGGUGGAAGAAACUCUGGAGGCGAACUUGUUCGAUGAGUUCCAGAUUCGUCUAGGAACUACUGUCCCCUACGAUUACCAUUACUAA